UCGCCUCACACAGCCGUCUCCGCCGGUCAACAAGAACAUGGCUAUUUGACAGAUGGAACGGCCUGCAACCAGGCAGUAUGACAAGGCCUUGAUGAAGGUCUUCUGCCAGCUAGUGAAUCCGAAGGUCGACUUGUGGACGCCGAUGUCGCGAGAGGAGUUCGUGAAGUCGGUGAGCAAGCUAAAGUUGGGAGAGGAGGGAGCCAAAGCGGUCUUCAAGCUUUCUGCCCGCUCGGAGGGCCAUGCGCCCAUGGGCGAGAUUUUGCUGCGGGCGCUGGGUGGCUUUGGGCGCAAGUACCGGAAGCUCCGCGGGCUCUUGGGUUUGGCUGUUGAGGGAAGCAGCCGUGGUUCCUCCAAAGCCUCUGUGGCACCUGAGCACGCGGAGGAGGUGAAGGAAGACGUUAAAGCCUUAGAGAUUGGCUUGGCGAUCGGAAAUCCGACUGAGCUGGAGAAUGCCAGCGAUGACUUGAAGCAACGAGCCAAGGCAAAGCUCAGCAAGGCCGUCAGGAUGAUCGGCCUCACCUUCAACUUGAGCAAGGAAGCCAAGGAGGCGAAGGAGAAGUCGGAGCAAGUCCCAACAGAGCUCUCCGUGGGUGAGGACGGGGACGCGCCGCAACGCUCGCAGACACAGGGAGGACGGCGUCGAAGUUCCCUGUCCCUGCAGAGCUUACGGAGAUCUUCCACGGUGGGGGCCUUUGCCCAGUCCAAGGGCCUUGCUUCACUCCUCGUGGGUGGCGCACCUUCUUCGGGUGGAGGCGAUGGCACGAGCGAUGCCGAGGACGAGUCGAGCCCACAAAGCGCUGAUUGGCAGCGGUCCAAGUCCAUGAAAAGCCAACCGACCAUGACAAAAGUCAACCUGGACGCGCCCAUCGACCGUGGCUCGCCCCGCCGUCGCAGCUCGCUGACCUCCGCAGCCUCCGCCGUGCUCGCUGCCUCUCCACGUCGCUCCUUGCGGCGGAUGUCCACUGGACGGCGGACCAGCCUCACCUUUGGGCUGGAAGAUGAACCGGAGGCUCCUACAGAGGAGACCUAUGACUUUCUGGAGCCGGUCUGGCAAAGCCGCACCGCGCGCGAGGGCUCCGGCGCCGACUCGGACGUGCGGCGAGCAGAGCGUGAACCCGUAGAGGAGAUGGACCGGUUGAAGCAGUUCAGUGAGAUCGAAGCGAGGGCCUGGCGUGCUCGCAUGCAACUCUUCGACAAGGACACUCUGCAGUUCUCUAUGGCCCUGGAAGCCCUGCAACAGUCCUGCAUGGCCUUGCAAAAGUCCUUCAAGGGCCGAUGGACUCGGGCUUUUGAGUAUCUGGCGGGUGAGGAAAAGACACUCACGGCAGUCAAUCUACAAGAGGCCUUAGCCUCCGCCACAGAGAAAGAGGUGCCGCUAUGGCAGGUGGACGGCAUGACGCAGGUGCUCCUGUCCGUGGAGGGCAAGGAGACCUUGUCCUCCGCAGACUUCUUGCGCGCCACGCACUUCCUCCAGCCAUGCCAAAGCUUGCUGCAGCUUCGAGCACGCCUAGUCGCCCGCUUUGGAUCCCUCGAGGCGGCGUUGGAGGCGUUGGAGGCGCACCUGCACCCCUUAGAGGUCUUCUCAGUGGAUCAAGUGGAGGCCUUGUUCCUUGCAUGUGGUGUCCUACCAUCCG